AUGGCAGACGAAGCCGAAGCCAGCACACCCGCCCCCACCCACGAGCCCCCGUCUCUCCCCAGCUCGCCCCUCCCCAAGCGUACCAGAAUCAUCGACCCGGCCCCGUUCAACCAGGCCUCGACACUACCGCGCACCACCGACUCGGGCACCGCGACCCCAACCCCGCUAGCCAGCUCCAGCAUGGCCGCCCUGCCGCCCCCCGCGCCCGUGGCCCCCAGCAUCGCCGCCGGUGCAGCAGCAGAGCAGGCGCUGCAGGUCCUGCUGCUGAGCGAGCACGCCACCGCGCCCACAAAGGGCAGUGCCUUCGCCGCCGGACACGACCUGUACAGCGCAAAGGACACGCUGAUCCCUGCGCGCGGCCGAGCCAUUGUGGCCACCGACAUCUCCAUCUCCGUGCCCGUCGGGACCUACGCCCGCGUAGCCCCGCGCUCUGGCCUCGCAGCCAAGCACGGCAUCGACACCAUGGCUGGCGUCAUCGACGCCGACUACCGCGGCCCCGUGGGCGUCAUUCUCGCCAACCUGUCCGACACGGACUUUGAAGUCAAGGUCGGCGACCGCAUUGCGCAGCUGAUUGUCGAGAAGAUCGCAAUGCCAGAGGUGGUCGUCGUGCAGAAACUCGAGGACAGCGUGCGCGGCGCCGGCGGGUUCGGCAGCACGGGCGGAUUUGGCGCCGGCGCGGCCUAG